AUGGAGAGUUUACAUACAGCCAUCUGGAUCUUUGCCCUGCCUUACUUGAUUCUGGCUUUUUACUCCAAUGACCCAGCUGGCAUGAGGUGCCACCUGGAAACGCCAAACCUUAAGGGGGUGACCCUACCAGGAGAUGUACUAAUAGGAUUUUUAUUCACUUUACAUGUGGACCAAAUUCACUACAAAGUUUCCUUCAGAGAACGGCCUCCAGAGACCACCUGUACAACGUUCUUGUUGGAAAACUUUCAGGCACUACAAGCUAUAAUAUUUGCCAUUGAGGAGAUCAAUAAUAACUCCAACAUCUUACAGAAUGUAACCCUCGGCCUCCAAGCCUAUGAUUCGUGUAACGUUCUUCAGCAGACUGUGAAGGCAACGCUACAAAUAGUAACAGGACUUGAUACGACUGUUCCCAACUAUCGAUGUCUUCCAAAUUCUCCUCUCACUGCUGUUCUCGGUCCCUCAUAUUCAACGCCAGCAAUCACAACAGCUCAUAUUCUGGGGCUUGGCAGAUUUCCACAGAUAAGCCAGUGGUCUACCAGUCCUCUACUGAGCGAACGGAAAAAAUUCCCAUCCUUUUUCAGGACAGUGCCGAGUGAUUCAUUCCAAUCUCGUGGACUUGCACAAUUGAUUUUGCAUUUUGGUUGGUCAUGGGUUGGACUUAUUGCUGCAAACGAUGACUAUGGCCAACAAGGAAUCCAGCUGAUCAGACAAGAUAUAGUCAAGGCUGGGGCUUGUGUGGCAUACAGUGAAAACAUUCUACUGAACCAACCAGAUCAUAAUGCUCCACAUAUAGUAAAUGUGAUUAAAAGAUCUACUGCCAAAGUUGUGGUGGCCUUCUGUAAUGCAGUAGAUCUGAUCAUUGUCUUGGGUGAAUGGUCAAGACAAAAUGUCUCCAAGAAGAUACUGAUUGCCAGUGAAGCAUGGUCAACAAUCAACCUUGUUUCUUUCGAGAAAUAUACAAACCAUCUUACUGGUACCAUUGGACUAACUUUUUUUAGUGGGACACUGCCAAACUUUAAAGAGUUUCUCAACAAGAUCAAUCCUUUCACUUCUAUUGGUGGAGACUGGAUUAAGAUAUUUUGGGAGAACACUUUUAAAUGCACAUUUGCCCAUAACGUAAACCUCACAUCAGCUUUGGAGACCUCAGAAGGAGAGUGCACAGGGUCUGAAAAACUAGACGAGAUACACAACACCUACAUGGAUGUCUCUACACUAAGUUCCCCCUAUAAUCACUACACUGCGGUCCAUGUGGUGGCCAAAGCUUUGGAAGAUCUUCGAAAAUGCCCUGAGGACAAAGGCCCAUUUGCUGAUGCAAACUGUGCAGAUAAGUGGAAUUUUAAACCUUGGCAGCUCCUGUACUAUAUGAAAAUGGUGAGAUAUAUGCAAAGUAAUGGAAGGGAACUCUACUUUGAUGAAAAUGGUGACCCACCUGCCGCAUAUGACAUAGUGAACUGGCAGCUGAGCCCAGAAGGUAAAAUACAACAAGUCAAAGUUGGAAGUUAUGACACCGCAGCACCUCCAGGAGAAAUUUUUACCAUAAACACAAGUGCCAUUGUGUGGUCAAUAGAAGAUCACCAGAGUUCAGUCUGCAGCGAGAGCUGUCCUCCAGGAUUUCGUAAGGUUGCCAUAAGUGGGCAACCUGUCUGCUGUCAUGACUGUGUCCCCUGUCCACCGGGAGAGAUUUCCAACCAGACAGACACCAUCAACUGCCUGAAGUGCCAGUGGGAUCAUUGGCCAAAUUCUCAGAAAUCCAGAUGUCUUCUAAAACCUAUAGAGUAUCUCUCAAAUGAAGAUCCACUGGGACAAACAUUAACUGCCAUUAGCAUCAUUUCCUCUCUGGUUUCAUUUGCCGUUAUGAAACUUUUUAUACAGUUUAAGGCAACCCCUUUAGUUAAAGCUAACAAUUAUUAUAUCAGCUGUCUUCUCUUGGUCUCCCUCUCCUUGUGCUUUCUCUGCCCUGUAAUUUUUAUUGGUUAUCCUCAGCGUGAGAGGUGUCUCCUGCGUCAGAUUGCUUUUGGAAUGAUUUUUGCUCUCUGCAUCUCAUGUGUUUUGGCCAAGACCUUGAUUGUAAUAUUUGCUUUUAUAGCCACCAUGCCAGACAGUAAUCUCAGAAAGUGGGCAAACCCAAAAGUGUCUUACAUGGUCAUUGCAAUGAGUUCAUUCUUACAAUUAGUUUUGUGUGUAGUCUGGUUGUGUAUUGCUCCUCCAUUCCCAGAAUACAACACACAAUCUAAACCUGGAAUAAUUAUUAUUGAAUGUAAUGAAGGAUCACCCAUUGCCUUCUGGACCAUGUUGGGUUACCUCUUUCUUCUGGCCUCCAUUAGUUUUAUUGUUGCCUUCCUGGCUCGUAGACUUCCUGACAGUUUCAAUGAGGCCCAGUUUAUUACCUUCAGCAUGCUAGCUUUCCUCAGUGUCUGGAUAUCCUACAUCCCAGCAUCCCUCAGUGCACAGGGCAAAUAUACGGUGGCCAUGGAGAUCUUCGCCAUCUUGGCCUCCAGUUGGGCUCUUAUCACCUGCAUGUUUUUCCCAAAAUGUUUUAUCAUCUUGUUUAGACCCGACAUGAACACUAAAGAAUUUCUAAUGAGAAACAACAUUUAUAAAAGAUAGCUU